ACGUGCGAUUAAGAACCUCAGACAUGCCCGUGUCCAUGCAAGAGCAUGCACUCCGCUACACCCGAUCACUCGUCACUGCCGGUACCUCCGGUGCCACUCCUCCUCAAACUCAUCGACUUAGCCCCGCCCUCCUCGCUCGUUCUCUCAAAAAGGAGUUUGAUGGGUUGUAUGGGCCGGCAUGGCACUGUGUAGUGGGGAAGAGUUUCGGGUCGUUUGUCACACAUUCACCAGGCGGGUUUGUGUAUUUCUCUUUGGAUUCGCUGUCUUUUCUUCUAUUCAAGACUGAAGUUCAGCUGGUUAUCAAUUGAACUGAACGAUAUUUCACACCUCCCAGCCCCAACACCCCAGCAACCCCCGCCCC